AUGCAUUGCCUUAAACUGCAUCGUUUUGGUGGGGGGCUGGCAGAGGUGGAAGCUAAAGAUUCUCCUACGCCUCUGGACCCAAAGCAGGGGGCAGUGCCUUCAAAAACUUCAGCUGAUACGGCAGUUGCAUCUAUGACUUCAGUUCCUCAUUCUGAUGGCUAUCCUAAUGGGGUUCCAUCACAUAGGUUGUCCAAUGCAAUCCAGAAGGUAGGGCAGAGACCCCAUCAGAAAUGGAAGGGCCCAGACAAAAUUAGUAAAAUAUAUGGUGACUGGAUUGACGACAUUGAGUAG